GCGCGCGCGCCGAGGCGUUCCUCAGGUUGCGCUGCCUGGAAACCGAGGGAGCCAUUGGCGCGGCGCAGGCGCGGGGGCGGGGGCGCCCGGUCCCUCGGAGCAGCCGGGGCGCGGGCGUCCGAGGCGAGCCCCGAACCCCGGCUCCCGGCGCGGGCGAGGGCGGAGCGGGCGCGGCGCUGCGGGCGGCCUCUAGGCCCCGGGGCGCCCGCCGGGGAGGAGCCGGGGAGGAGGCCGGAGCCGCAUGGAGUUUCUGGGGCGCGCAACUCCGGCGGGGCCUCGGCCACUGGGCUCCGGGGCGCAGCGAGGCGGCCGCGCACAUGGGCUGAGCCCGCGCGCCGGGGCUCCGCACGGCCGGCGGCAGCGGGAGGGGUAGAGCCGCGCGCCGUGCCGGGGUGCGGGGCACGCGUCCCCAGACGGGAGCGGAGGACAAGGACGGGGAGGAGCGUGCCCGGAUCGCGCUCCGAGCCGACGAGGGGCUCGCGCCGGCCCGGCGCGCGCUUGGGGAGCGGCCCGGGGCGCCGUGGGAGCCGGCGGCAGCGAGGAUGCCGGCGCGAGGACGCGGCCGCCGGCUGGGGGUGUGAGCGCCGGGGGAGCAGCCGCGCCGCCCCCUCCCUGCGGGCCUCGGAGGAAGCCCCCCGCGCCGCGCCGAGGCGCCUCGGAACCCGGGCUUCGGGGCGGCGGGCCCGCGCGGCCGGCCCCGGCCCAGCCAGAGGGACAAGAUGCCUUUCCACCACGUGACCGCCGGCUUGCUGUACAAGGGGAAUUACCUCAACCGCUCUCUCUCCGCCGGCAGCGACAGCGAGCAGCUCGCCAACAUCUCCGUGGAGGAGCUGGACGAGAUCCGAGAGGCCUUUCGGGUUCUGGACCGCGAUGGGAACGGCUUCAUCUCCAAGCAGGAGCUGGGCAUGGCCAUGCGCUCGCUGGGGUACAUGCCGAGCGAGGUGGAGCUGGCCAUCAUCAUGCAGCGCCUGGACAUGGACGGGGAUGGCCAGGUGGACUUUGAUGAAUUCAUGACAAUUCUUGGCCCCAAACUGGUGUCUUCAGAAGGUCGCGAUGGUUUUCUUGGAAACACAAUAGAUAGCAUAUUCUGGCAGUUCGACAUGCAGAGGAUAACGCUGGAGGAGCUGAAGCUCAUCCUGUACCACGCCUUCCGGGACCACCUGACCAUGAAGGACAUCGAGAACAUCAUCACCAACGAGGAGGAGAGCCUGCAGGAGACGUCGGAGAGCUGCCAGACGGAGUUUGAGGGAGUGCACUCCCAGAAGCAGAACAGGCAGACGUGCGUCCGCAAGAGCCUCAUCUGCGCCUUCGCCAUGGCCUUCAUCAUCAGCGUCAUGCUGAUCGCCGCCAACCAGAUCCUGCGCAGCGGCAUGGAGUAGCCGCGGCGCCCGGCCCGGCCUGCAUGUGCAUGGCCCGCGCGGACCCGGCUCCUGCGUGCCCAGCGCGGCUCCCAGCGGGACCCGAGGCCGCGGCGCAGCCGGUGUCACUCACCCGCUCCAUCUCCUUGGCAGGGACACAAAAGGGCUGUCUUACACGCUUCCCGAUGCAAUAAAAUAGCCAGGAGUUCCAGUGACUGCGCGCACCACCCCUUAGGACUCUGCAGACGGACAGACUUCUCAGCUCGGGGGUUUCCAGUGGCAGCCCCGACAGCCAGGGCGCGGCGCCCACGGGCCCCAUUGUUCGAGCCCCACCCCCGGGCCAACGGGAGGCUCCCAGCUGGGGGAACCCUCCGCCCCACGGGGCUGACUUCCGGGACAGGGGGGCUGCCCACCCCACCCUGGCCUGCCUCCUGCACCCCGUGGAGCCCCCCAAAGGCACAAGGGGAAAGCCAUCGACGGGGGUGCAGCGCCUGGCCGUGCGCAGGCCACACCCUCGCCUCCGCGCCCCCUGCCUCUCCUGCAGGACCCCUGCGGGCAGAGGUGGGGAUGCUGGGUUCCCGCCCACACUUGGCUUUCUGUUCCUGGAGCCCGGCGCACCAGCACCCCGGAGCCUGCAGAGCCCUCGCCCUCCUCCCGGCUGGGCCACCCCUGCUGCCCUCCGCGGACACGGAAGCCGCUCACGGGCAUCUGUCCAGACGCGCGGACUGUCGCACACGUCGGUCUUCCUCUUGGGCGACAUCCGUCUUUCCUGACCGCUCACUCCCGCAGCACGCUGGUUCUCCGACUCG